CUUUAAUGGAAAAGCAAAAGAAGAUCGCUAUUAUUACUGGGGCUAAUUCUGGGGUUGGAUAUGCUGUUGCUCAAAGACUACUUGAAUUGGAACGCGAGGGAAUUACUAUUGUGAUGGCCUGUCGUAAUCACAAUAGAGCCCAUGCAGCCCGCGAACAACUUCUCGUUCAAUUUCCUUUUGCUAGCAUUGAUAUAGUGUUGGUGGAUGUUGGAAGCAUUAAAAGUGUUUUCUCAUUCAGUCAGGCUAUCCUUGACCAAUAUACCCAAGUUGACUAUUUGUUCUGUAAUGCUGGAAUUCUAAGUGCACUCGGAAUUGACUGGUACAAAACCAUUAAGCUUCUCUUCACUCACCCUAUAAAUCUCUUGGAAAGAUCCGAUGCUACUAUCCAGAAUGUAGGCGAGAUCAAUGAAGAUGGCAUGGGCAAGGUGUUUGCUGCCAAUGUAUUUGGUCACUAUGUUAUGAUGCGUGAGUUUGAGGGCUUGCUGUCGGCUUCUGGAGAUGGUCGUGUUAUUUGGACAAGUUCAAUCACUGCAGAAAACGAUAUAUUUGAUAUUGACGAUUGGCAAGGUAUCAAGAGUCCUGUUCCUUAUGAGUCGUCUAAAUGGGCAUGCGAUUUAGUUGGUAUUGCUAUGAACGAUCAAUUUAUCCAAAGAGGGCGUCAGAUUACUUCGUAUACCACUUCUCCUGGUGUUGUGGCUACUAGUAUUGGAGAUCUUCCUCGAUGGAUCACAGCGGCACGCACUCUUAUUCACUACACGUUCCGUAUUCUGGGCGUGCAAUCCCAAAAUAUCACAGCAUACAACGGUGCCCUUGCAGAUGUAUUUGUUGCUCUUCAACCCCUCGGUGUGCUAAACUACAUGUUUCGUUAUUUGUCACUCUCAGACCGUAUGGGGAAUGCCUUUGUAGAGCCACAGACUCUGGACAGCUAUGAACCAUUAGUUGCUGAAAAACUUAUCCAAAAAUGCGAGAUUGUCUAUCUGGCUCACAAAAGAAACGCAUCAAAGAAUGCCUAAACUCCAUUAUUUAUUUUGCUUUUAUACAAUCUAAUUUAUCUUUUCUAACCAUAUAUUU